AUGAAGAACAAGGAGGGCUGGGACGGAAAAAUGAGAAUGGAGCCAAAGGCCGUUAUUACAAACCCGGAGGCGCUGGAGGAUUCAGAUUACUCGGAUCCGGAUGCACCCCCGGUCGAAGAGAUUGAGGCUGAUGAAGAUCUAUUGGCAGAGGAAGAUGUUAAUGCAGAGGAUAUUGACCUCGUGCAUUGCCGGAUAUCAUCGAUUUCUGCUCUUAAAUUGGAACGCUUCCCUAAGCUUCAGGUACAUACCCUCAACGACCCUGGAAUCCGCAUGUGUCUGGUAGCAGAGAGGAAUAUGAGACUAUGCAUGCGCCAGAAUCAAAUAUCACGCAUCAACUUCCCUCCAAAUGUCGCUGCCAGUCUGACCGAACUCGACCUCUACGAUAACCUCAUCUCUCACAUCAAGGGCCUGGAGGAGUUCCAUAAUUUGACGAGCUUGGAUCUGAGCUUCAACAAGAUCAAGCAUAUCAAGAAUGUCUCGCAUCUGAAGAAGUUGACCGAGAUUUUCUUUGUGCAGAACAAAAUCUCCCGUAUCGAGGGCUUGGAGGAAUUGACUGGAAUCAAGAACUUGGAGUUGGGCGCGAAUAAAAUUCGGGAAAUCGAAAACUUGGAAACACUUACCGCGUUGGAAGAGCUCUGGCUUGGAAAAAACAAGAUUGUCGAAAUGAAGAACCUGGACAGCCUCUCAAACCUCCGCAUCAUCUCCAUCCAAUCCAACCGCCUCACCAAAAUCACGGGUCUCUCCGCGCUCCCAAAGCUCGAAGAGCUCUACCUCUCUCACAAUGCAGUAACCGAUCUUUCAGGGCUGGAAUCCAACGAGACACUGCGCGUGCUUGACUUUUCCAACAACCAGGUCUCCCAUCUUGAACAUCUUUCUUCACUAAAGAACCUCGAGGAGCUGUGGGGGUCAAAUAAUCAGCUUGCUAGCUUUGAAGAGGUUGAGCGCGAGCUCAAGGAUAAGGAGAAGCUGCAGACUGUUUACUUUGAGGGCAACCCGUUGCAAUUGAAUGGGCCGGCUGUUUAUCGGAAUAAGGUGCGCUUGGCGUUGCCCAAUAUUCAGCAGAUUGAUGCUACUUUUGUCCGAGUUUAG